AUGGCGCCGAAGAAACCGGCGCAGAAGAGCGCGAAGGCGCAGAUCAAGGAGCAAAGAGAUCAGAUUCGGCAACAAAUCAAAACCAUUCGAGACGAAUCCGCGUCGACGCACGUCCUGGACAGCCUGUACGACGCCGCGCUGGGGCUCGAACUGUGGCUGCGAACGAACUCGAGCGCGUUUCCGAGCGCGGCGGUGAAACAGAAGACGGAGCGACUGGGGGAGAUCGCGACGCAGGCGACGAGAGGGACGCUGGACGCGGACGCGGCGUACUGGGAACUGGCGGGACUGUACACGAUCAUCCAUCGCGAGUGCCAGAAGGAAGAUUUGGGGUUGGUGUUUCCGUCGUUCGUGUUUCCGGACGGAGGGAUGCCCGCGCUCGGGGAGGGGGACGCGCUGACGCUGGCGGACGUGCGAGAGGCGAUCGGGUGCGAACUCACGGCGGAGGCGCUGGACGCGAAGAUCGCGGAGUUGGAGGAGAUCGAACGCGCGAAGGCGGCGCUGGAGGCGAUGGACGCGGACGCGUGA